UCAAAUUUAAAGUUUCGUUCUCUAAGAGAAAACAAAAUGCAGAGGGAGAGAGGAGGGGUUCAUGAGGAGAAGGACACCAGCACCUCGAUUGGGGAAAAGAUUUCCAGCAUUCUCGGAAGCUUGUUUGGGCCGAAAGGGCCAGUUUCAAAAGAUACCCCUCCUGAUGAUUUACCAAGAGCCAGCAAGCCCACUGGACCCGUCAUUGAGGAGCUAGAGAGCAAUGAAGAUGGUGGUGGCGGUGAAGUAGAAAAAUGUGGAGAAGUGUGUCAUAACCAGCAGCAGAGUAGUGAUUGGGCCAACGGAAACCCACUUGUUGAGCACCCUGAGGAUCAAGCUGAUGAUUAUCAUAACGAGACCAGUAACAUGAGGAAAUCUCCUUCAUUUGGGAGCAUUGAAGGAAAUAGAAGUAUGAGCUACAGAAGAGUAACACAUGGCGGCAUAAAUGGCGCCUAUUUAACGGCUACUACAAGCCGCCUGACUGGAAGUGAUGGAAGGGUGUGGGAGGAAACCAAACAUGCAGAUACUACAACGGGCGAAGCAACACACAGAAUCUCUAGAGGAAUCCAUGAUAAGGGACACACAGUAACAAGGAAGCUUAAAUCAGAUGGCAAGGUCGAUUCUAUGGAGACUUUGCACAAUUUAGGGGAAGAUGACUUAGUUGGUUUUGAACGGGAUUGGAAGACUAAUGCCGGCAGAGAUUGGAAGUAUAAUGCUCGCAAUGGAGGACCAAUCACCAGCAGCUGGUUGACAAAUUGGGACUCUCCCUUUAGAGAAGGCUCUGUUGGUCCAAGGUCUGACCUUGACACCAUAGGGCGCCAAUCUGGAGCCAGGGCAAAAAAGGUUAUCACUAUUAACAUCGAGUGAAUUCUAGUUUCUUUUUAACACCAUACAAGUACCAAGAGCUGGGUAUGUCCUGGUGAUGAUUCAAACAAUCAAUUCAAGUACUCGGUUUUGGUUGCCAUGUUUGUGUACAGUAGCGACAGUCUCACAUUUGGCUUUUUUAUUUUACUUUUCUCCUCCUAAGCAUAGAUUGUCAUUUUAUAGCUUUGUCAUGUAAUAUAGGUGUGCUUAAGAAGGAUUAAAACCAGGUUUGGCAGUUGUAUAAAAGAAAGAGAAAAGGCAAGAGAAAAAAAAGGAAUUGCAUUUCUGACCAAAAAGUCUUGACCCCUAGACUACAUAAACAUUAACAAUGACUUCUAGAAUACCAUGUAGAAAGGGGGGGAAAUGCCUAGCUUGAUACAAAACAAGGGCAAGAUUCAGGUACAAUGGCGGUCUUUAAAUCUGAUAUCUUAGAGAGCUUUUGGAUGAUUGUUUCAAUGGUUGGCCUUUGACUAGGAGAUUCAUGAGUGCAAAGUAGAGUCAUCUUUCCUAACAUAACAGCCUCAUACCUCUGCUCCUUGAUAAUUUGAAUGGCUGACCAGUCUUUCCAGUGAUGAUCUGAAAUGUGAUGAUACCAAAAGCGUAUAUGUCACUCUUUUCAGAGAAGCGGCCAGUGGUUGUAUAAUCGGGAGCCAAGUACCCCAUUGCAGCGCUUCCCUCUAGGGUUG